AUGAAGUAUAAAGCUGUCGUCAAGCUUCUGAUAGUAUUCAUCUGGUUUUUCAACAAGCAAGUGUUAUGUGACGGGUUCCCGGGAGAACCGGCUGAAUUGUCAAACUUCACCUUGAGGCUCCGUCGUGAUUCGUCAGGCGAUCGUCUCACCGACUACAUUGAUAAUAUGAAACGUCUGGCUCGUAUCUCAAAUGGUAUCUCACUCGAAUCUGGCCUUCUCGAUGGCUCCGCCCCUUCUGAUUCUGUGAUCUCUGAACUACUCCGAUGCAAUUCACUGAGCAGCAAUACCUUGGCUAACAUGGAUUUCACCGGAGUUACCAAUGUGCUGGCGGAAUUUGAAAAGUCAUCGACAAGUCUAGUGUCUACUAAAGAAGUAUUGGAUAUUGAGAAUCGACUUGUGCUGUUGGAGAAUAUCAGAAAGUCGGAGGAGAUGAAUGAUUUUCCGAGUCUUCCUGGAAAAAUAGAGUAUAGAGCACUGUUGGAUGAGGUGCUCAAGUUGGAGAGCAAGAAGGAUGACAUCACGAAAAACAAACCGCUUGUUAGUCGUUUGAAGGAUUAUUUUGCUGAUCUGGAAUUAUGGUCAAGAUCGGGUCCCGCGGAAAAGGCCGACGCUGCUCGUAGACGUCUUGGUGUGAUUUCUGAUGAUAUGAAAGAAGCGGAAGACAUGUCUACAAAUUUUGAUGCAAUCAGACAAAUUUGGAAUAAUGCGACAAGUCUUCGGAAUCAUUCAAGAUUCCUUAAGGUUCUUCACACUGAGGCCGAGUUCCGUGGCAAUCUCACUGUUUCUGUAAGUUAUGAUGAAAAGGGACUUACCACCAAUAUCAACUACGAAGAAAGCUUCCGGUCAAAGUUAAAUGAUGCCAAAGAUGCUUUUCUGACUAUUCAGAAGCUAAUCGAUAGCCGGGACACUCAAAUCACGCAAUUGUUAAGCUACACAACUGGUUUUCCCGCAGGAAACAAUGAUUUGAAAAGUCUUAAAGAUGAUACUAAAAACGAUUGGAUUUUGAAACGUGUCUCCGAUGAAUCGAAUGUUCUGGAAAGUCUGAAAGUUGCAUUUACUUUAUUCGACGGAUUGAUUAAUGGAUUGACCACCGUGGAAAAGAUUUGGGAACCGUUGAAAGAUCAACCAACCCAAACUUCUGUCAGAUUUAUCCUGAAAGAGCAAUCUGUCAUUGUCAAUUCAGUUCUUGAUUCGAAAAAGAUUGAAUCUGCAAUUGAAUCAUUCAAAAAGUGUGAAUCGACAAGACAGAAAUCUGGCGCAGAUAUAGCUCAAGAGUUAGGAGGAUUGAGUCAUUUGGUAGAUGAGAUCAAUGAGAAAAUUGAGAAGCUCGGAAGCUUAGAUUAUACGGAUCACCUGAAGGAUCUGUCGAAUCUGAAAGCAAUUGUGAAUACCGCUGCUAACCAAGGAGAGACUGAUGUUCAGUUUGUUGAGAGGAUUUCAAAAGCAAUGGUAGCAAACCAGAAGUUCCAGGAGGUCAAGAAGGCUCUGAAUAAAUUUCAAACGGAUAUUUCUGUUUUGGAAACGUUGGCUGUUGACAUUCCACAACUUGUCACUACAGUUAUUCAGAAUUUCAAGAAAGUGGAUGUUUAUCUAGGUCAAGUAAAUGGUACUUUUUUCACAUCGUUCUAUGAUUGUGUCAAGAAAGUUGAAGAGGUUGGUGGAGCUGGUGUGAAACGAGAGAUUGAGAAUUUGGCGGUGAUUCGUAAAAUUGGUGAAAGUAAAGAGCUGAAAGAGGUCAAAUCGGUGGUCGGUGUCAUUCAAGAGUCCCAGAGUGAACUCAAAAAUGUUCUCAAUUUAGCGGAAGACUUCAAGAAGUUGGAUAGUCUGGAGGUUUUGGCGUUGAAAGAGUCGAUGGCUGAUUCUCAACAAGUUUCGAGUCAGUUGGGUAUGGCUGCUCAAGGACUUUCGGCGAUCAAGGCUCUUCAAGAUUUCCGAGAGACUCUGAAUCCACUAUUCACAAACAUUCCGGUGAUAGAAAACGAUGCGAAGGCUAGUGGAUUAAAUCAAGAACAUCUUCAAAACAUUCUGAAACUGAAAAAUCUGAAAGAAUCUAUAUCUGCAACGUUUUCCGGGAUCGAUACAUUUUUGAAGACGUUGAGCGCAUUUGAAGGAUUUCGUAAGAAACGAAACACUCGAACUUUUAAAGAAAAUGAGAAGAUUCUGGAGGCGGCUGCACAGAUUCCGGAUGUCUCAGAUGACGUGAAGAGUAUGAAGGAAGCGAUGGGAGAGUUGAAUCAGAUUCUGAAACAAAAGAAGUUCAAUAAUGAAGAGAAGAUUCUGGAAGCUCUGCAGUCGAUGGAGUUGAAGUUCUCGAAGUUUGGAUUCCAGUCAGCAUCUUUAUCUUUGGAGGCUCUUGACACAUUUUUUGUCGAUUUCAAAGGGAAACUCGUGGUUACUUUGGCACCGGCACUUUCUGCCACUUCACCGGAACCGUCAGUUGUAUCGGAUCCGGCUCCGCAAGUAAAAUUGACAACAUCGGAAAUGGUUACAACGGAAAGUACUCCAUAUUAUAAGCAGAAGUUGUUCAUUGGUUGUUGUGCUGUUGGAGGUUUCCUCUUUGUUGUUGUCUGCGGCAUCAUCUUCUAUUAUUGUCGGAAUAAGAAUAAAGACCUACCAACUCCAUCCAGCUCUUCAACCAAUCUCACUUCUACGUCGACAGGUGUUUCUGAAGGUCUUCCAGAAGAAAAGGGUAAACCUCUGCCUCCACCAAAUCAAUUGUCUAAAGCUGACUCGAAUUCUUCCGAUGAAUCUGGUGGCGACCAGAAAAAUGAAGCACUGCCGAAAAAGAAGGGCUUGUCAAAACAGGAGACUGAGAAGGCUAAAGACGAUGUUGCAAAGAAGAACAAGACUGCUACCUCGAGUGCAUCAGCUGAUAGUAAAGUGUCUAAGAAGGAAACAAAGAAAACGCCUCGUAACAAUAAAAUUGUCCAGAUUGAUCAGGUCCUGAUGAAAAAACCGAGUGGAGUUGAUUUGAAUCUGGUCGAUCAAAAGAAGAAAAUGCCACUGGUGUUGGGUUGGGUUAGUAAAACGGUCGAUUACAUUAACGGAAGGUUGUUUGCCAAUAAACGGCGUUGUUUCCCAAAGCAAUACAUAAAAGAAAAGUUGGAGAUUCUGAAUAAGAUAUGGAAAACAGAUUUUGAUGUGAUACGCCUCGGUGCUAAUAAAAUGGACAGAAUGUGA